GGAGUUUGUUUGAAGGAUAGUUGUAAUAAGCCUUCUGAAAUAUCUAUUGGGUUAAAUAUGCUUUGUGAUGAUGUCUGCGUUGUCUUUAUCGAAGUAAAAUAUACUAUUAAUGAAUUUUGCGAAUAUCCACAUGAAGUAAACAACAGAUUUAAAAAACAAACAAAAGAUAUGUUAAACGAGGUUCAAGAAUUACAAAAAGAUAUAGAAGAAUUAGAAAAUUUUUAUUGGUAUAUAGAUUAUGGAAG